GUACCCAGGCCAGGGAUCAAAUCUAAGCUGCAUUUGUGACCUAUAUCCAGCUUUGGCAAGGCUGGAUCCUUAACCCACUACACCACAGCAGGAACGCCCCUGACUUUCUGUUCUUGACUUAAAGCAAAGCAAUUGGUUUCACUUGUGGAAAUGGAAUAGCGUUUUUUAGUGGUGCAAAUGCAUCUGUUUUUCUAUGACAGGACCAGUGAUGUAACCACACUUUGCACCUAGCUGUAACUACUGGUUUACUAGUGUUUCUGAAAGUGCUAUGAACACAAGAAACAUACAUAUAUUCGUCUUUGGAUUCCCACCAUCUAGGGCACAACUGAUGAAUAACAGGUGCUUAAAAAUAAAUUGUUGAAAGAAGCAGCGAUGAAUAAAUGAAUAAUUUAUUUUAACAUUUCUCUACUGCAUGUCCCCUAUCCUCUUUAUCUUCCAGUUGCCAACCCAAUUUGUAUCUUCAACAUGGUUAUGGCAAAUGUAACCACAACGUGCGGAUUCCUCCUCAUGGGAUUUUCCAACACUCGUGAGCUGCAGAUCUUACAUGCAUUGCUUUUCUUGCUGAUGUACCUGUCAGCCUUAGCAGGUAACGUCAUCAUUAUUGCCGUCACAACGCUGGACCAACAUCUCCAAUCCCCAAUGUAUUACUUCUUGAAGCAUCUUUCCUUCCUGGACCUCGCCUUCAUUUCUGUCACGGUCCCGCAGUCCAUUGACACUUCACUGACAGGCAAUGGCUGUAUUAGCCACGGUCAGUGCAUGCUGCAGGUCUUCUUCUUCACGUCUUUGGCCUGGGCUGAGGUGGCCAUUCUCACAGUGAUGUCUUAUGACCGCUAUGCAGCCAUCUGCCUCCCACUGCACUACGAGGCCAUCAUGGAUCCCAGAGCCUGCGAGUGGGCUGUGAUAGCUGUCUGGCUGAGUGGAGGCACCUCUGGGAUCCUGUACACAGCUGCCACGUUCUCCAUCACCUUCUGUAGGGCCAAAGUCAUCCAUCAGUUCUUCUGUGAUAUCCCCCAGUUGCUGAAGCUCUCCUGCUCCAAUGAUUACCUGGGAGUGAUUGGAGUGGCGGCCUUCAUGACGGUGCUGGCAUUCAUCUGCUUCAUCUCCAUUGCCCACUCCUACAUCCACAUCUUUUCCACAGUUCUAAGAAUUCCCUCUGCCGAGGGCCGCUCCAAAGCCUUCUCCACCUGCCUGCCCCACCUCUUUGUUGUGUCAUUUUUUCUCUCCAUAGGCAUCUUUGAGUUUCUAAAAUCAACUUCAGAUUCUCCAACUGCUUUUGAUAUUAUGAUAUCUCUCUUUUAUACAGUAGUGCCCCCUACACUGAAUCCUAUUAUCUACAGCUUGAGGAAUAAGACCAUGAGGGAAGCUUUAAGAAAAUUACUGUUGGAUGGUGAAUUCACCAAGAAAAAGACAUUUUUGUCCUAUUGUUGAUGGAUGGCCAAUAUUACACCCAAGGAACCUUUUUAAUAAUUGGAAUUCAUUAUACAUAUAUAUAUAUAUGAAAUAUAUAUUUGUAAUAUAUGUUCAGUAAUGUUAAGGAAAAGUAACACUUUUUUUCCUAUUGAUAAAUCAUGCACUGUAAGUAUCAUCACUACAGAAACUCUUCAUCUGAUAUCUUCAUUUUAUUAGUCGUUGAAACCAAUUUUUUGUUAUUCUUUCAAAUUAAAAGAAAAUUACAUAUAAUCUUUUCAUUUUUCUUUUCAUAUAAGCCCACUACUUUCCUUUUCCUUCCAAUACGCAAAGACACACAGGUACAUACACAUACACAGAUAUACCCAACACAAAUAGCACACUUUUUGAAAAGCUCUGCAUACACAAUAUGACAAUAAUGGUAGUAAAAAGUGACAAUUUAUCCACAACUCCAUUAACCAAUCAUUUAAUUUCAAAUGUCUAUUUUAAUUUUUGUCUUUAUAAAUGCCAAUUUUGCAUAUUGGUGCAAACUUAUAUACAAUUAUUACAUAAACCUACAUGGUUUUACUAUUACAAUUUUUUUAUAAUUUUCUUCUUUCAUUGAAUGCACAAUAUUCAGUGGAAUUCAUAUAAUACAUUUAACGCAUUCACCUAUUUUGUAUAACAAGUAACCUAUGUUAUUUCCAA